AUGGACCUUUCGCAGGUUUCCGACGUAGUGAUCCUCAGGCUCCCGAUGUAUGUGAGAGCCCUGUCCCAGCUUCUCGACGCAGGCAGCGAGGUGGUGGACUCGAAGACCCUGGGGCGGCUCAUUCGCAUCGCUCCAGCCCAGGUCCGCAAGGACCUCAGCUACCUGGGGAAAUUCGGCAAGCAGGGACAGGGCUACAGCGUCCCGUAUUUGAGGGACGAGCUGCGCCGGAUCCUCGGGCUGGACAGGCGCUGGACGGCCUGCCUGGUCGGAGUAGGGAACCUUGGGCAGGCGAUCAUCGACUACCCGGGCUUUGUGCCGGGGGGCUUCAGUAUCGUGGCCGCCUUCGACAGCGACCCCGAGCUGGUGGGCAAGAGCAUAGGCGGCAUACCCGUGAGGCCGAUGUCGGAGCUGGACGGGACUGUGGAAGCCUCCGAGAUCACCAUCGGCAUAGUGGCGGUGCCGGCCUCCCAGGCCCAGUCGGUUAUCGACAGGCUCGUCGACGCGGGCGUUCAGGGAAUCUUGAACUACGCGCCGGUCGCUCCUCACGUGCCUGAGCGAGUCAUCCUCAGAAACAUAGACCCGGUGCUGUCCCUGCAGUCCAUGACCUACUACCUGCUGCAGGGCUCCCGGCCCGACUAG